CUCUCUCUCCAGCGGGACAUUUCUGCCUUAGUUUUUAUUUUUUUUACAUAUGAGCGCCAGUCCACCCUCCGGGACUCCAUCUGGACGCUGAGGCCCCGCGUUUAGGAAGAGCUCGGACGGCAUGGGAAGCCCCGUGUUAGCGAUGGUUUGGCCCAAAUAAUCCCGUCUUUCAGUCGCCAGAGAGGGAAACUUGAAGCAAGCGGUGUUUUCGGAGCCCCCCCCCUCCGCAGGAUUUGAUUCAAAGGCGAAUCCAAGAUGGCCGCUGAUUCCGUGCAGGGGGAUACCAGGGCCCAGCUGGUGGCGGAGCGACUUGGUCUGGGACAAAACCUGGAUCUGUCAGACACCAUGGUCCAGCAGAAGCUGGACGAGAUCAAGGAGCAGAUCCGCAGAGAGAUCCGCAAGGAGUUAAAGAUCAAAGAAGGUGCAGAGAACCUGCGUAAGGUCACCACAGAUAAGAAGAGUCUGGCUUAUGUGGACAAUAUGUUGAAAAAAUCGAACAAGAAGGUGGAGGAGCUCCACCAGGAGCUCCAAGAACUGAACGCUCACAUCGUAGUCAAAGAUCCAGAAGAGCUUUCAGGUAAUUUCAGUCAACUUACAUUUAUUUUAUUAUCUUCAAAGCGGCACAAAUCAACGAUUUGUGGCCGUCUGCUGGUUUCUGUAAACCGUCCUUCAGCAGGGCAGAAAACUGACCUUGGAGCACCAAAUUUGGUCACCUCGUAUAGCUUCAGUCCUUGUUUUCUUCAGAACGCAUUAACGACGAUUGACGGAAAACUAAUAUGUUUACAGGAUCGCAAGUUACUGGCAGCGGCUCAGCAGAUGCUUCAAGACAGUAAAACCAAGAUCGAGUUCAUCAGGAUGCAGAUCCUGAAGGCCAGCCAGGCCAGCGAGCUGACCUUCGAGAGCAACGACAUGAUGGGUGAGCCGCCGCUCUUGUUUCCUCUGGACCUGCGGGUGGAGGAGCUGUGUCACCAUGCCAGGAUAGAGUCUGCAGUGGCAGAGGGAGCCAAGAACGUCAUGAAACUUCUGGGUUCUGGAAAAGUCACAGAAAAGAAAGCUCACUCAGAGGCUCAGGCUCGCUUCACGGAGUCCAGUCAGAAACUGGACCUCCUGCGCUACUCGUUAGAACAGCGGCUCAGCGAGUUGCCCAAAAACCACCCCCGCAGCAGCGCCAUCAACGAGGAGCUGUCUCUGCUGUCCUCCCCGGCCCUCAGCCCCAGAUCCAGCAUCAUCUCCACGCAGAACCAGUACAGCACCGUAACCAAGCCUGCAGCGCUCACAGGCACGCUAGAUGUCAGACUUAUGGGCUGCCAAGACCUUCUGGAAAGUGUCCCCGGCCGCUCCAAAGCGGCCCCCAGCCCGCUGCCUGGCUGGAGCCCCAGCGAGACGCGCUCAUCCUUCAUCAGCAGAGCAAACAGAAACCGAGGGGUGAGCUCCAGGAACCUGACCAAGAGCGAAGAGCUCUCCAAUGAGAUCAGCGCCGUCCUGAAGUUGGACAACACCGUGGUUGGACAGACCAGCUGGAGGCCCAUCAGCAACCAAUCCUGGGACCAGAAGUUUACACUGGAGCUGGAUCGGUCUCGAGAGCUGGAGAUCUCGGUGUACUGGCGGGAUUAUCGGUCCCUCUGUGCUGUCAAGUUCCUGAGGCUGGAGGACUUCCUGGACAACCAGCGUCAUGGGAUGUGUCUGUACCUGGAGCCACAGGGGAUGCUGUUUGCUGAGGUGACAUUUUUCAAUCCUGUUAUUGAGAGGAAACCAAAGCUGCAAAGACAGAAAAAGAUUUUCUCUAAACAACAAGGUAAGACCUUCCCCAGAGCCCCCCAGAUGAACAUCAACAUUGCCACCUGGGGCCGGCUGAUGAGAAGGGCCAUACCCAACCUCAGCACCAACUCUUUCAGCCCCCAAGCUCCUGAGAUGGGACAUGGCAGCGUGCCAGGGUCCCCCACCCCCAGCAGCUAUCCUCUGGUGACUAAGCUGGAUUUUGACAAAGAAGCGGCACCAGGAGCCAAACAUUAUGCAGCACCCGACGACGCUAGAGACCCACCAGCUCAGAAUAAGAUGCCCAACAAGGACGAGGUGGAGGAUGCCCUGAGUGAAUUCAACUUCCUCAACAAGCGAAUCAGCAGGGUCCUAGAACCAGACUCUGAUGGGGUCCUGAAGCAGGAGUUCCAACAUCCGGACCUGGAGCUCACCUCCAUCCAGAAGGACGCAGAGAUAAGGGAGGAAGAGCAGUUCCACUUCAGUCUCCAGGACUUUAAAUGUGUGGCGGUUCUUGGCCGCGGCCAUUUUGGGAAGGUGCUGUUAGCAGAAUAUAAAAGCACAGGCGAGAUGUUUGCCAUUAAAGCUUUGAAGAAAGGAGACAUUGUGGCUCGAGACGAGGUCGACAGGUGGGCUUUUAGUCACGCUAAGCAUCAUGCUAAAGCCCCUCCCACUUUUUAUUGAUCCUUUUUAUUUUAUCAUUGAAUCACCUUUCAUGGUAACUUUGCUAUCGAUU